AUGUCUGGUAAUUCCAAAACCGCCCGAGACGUGCCCAGGAAUUUCGCACGAAGAGGAGCGAUCAGACAGAAGAACAUCUCAGUGGUUAAAGGGCAUGAGUUCGCGGCGAGAUUUCUGAAGCAGUUUACAUUCUGUGGGCACUGUAAGGAUUUUAUCUGGGGGCUUGGUAUUCAGGGUGUGCAGUGUAAUAUCUGUCUGUUCACGGUUCACAAAAGAUGCUACACAUUGGUGAAUUUUCAGUGUCCUGGGGCAGAUACCGGUCCGGAUUCAGACGUAAAUAUUCUGCAGUAUCAACACAAACAUGAUUUCAAUAUUUGGACGUAUACAACUCCGACUUUUUGCGAUCAUUGCGGAUCGCUACUAUACGGGCUUUUUCACCAAGGAUAUAAAUGCAAAAACUGUGAUUUGAAUGUCCACAAAAGAUGCACAGAACGGGCUCCCAGAUUAUGCGGAAUCGAUCACACGGAACGUCGCGGACGACUCAAAGUUGCAGUGAUACCACAGCCGGGACGACUGAAAGUUGAAAUUUUUCAGGCAAAGAACCUGGUACCCAUGGAUCCGAACGGCUUAGCUGAUCCAUAUGUGAAAAUCAAACUGCUACCCUGCGAGGAUAAUGCCAAGUCGAAGCUUAAGACCAAAGUCUGUAAAUCCACCCUCAAUCCAAUUUGGGAUGAGACGUUUUACAUAGGGAUAACUAACGAGGAUUUAUCAAAGCGUUUAUCCAUUGAAGUAUGGGACUGGGAUCGGACCUCACGCAACGAUUUUAUGGGCUCUUUCUCUUUCGGCGUGAGUGAAGUGAUGAAUGAGCCGGUAUCUACUUGGUUCAAACUGCUCAAUCAAGAGGAAGGGGAAUUCUACGCAUUGCCAUGUAUUGAUGAAGCGGGUGAAGCAAUCGCGGAACUGAAAAAGAAAAUGGAGCGUAUGUCCACUGAGCAUCUCCGACUGGCUACCGAAUCAUCCCACACCAGGACUUCCCUCGACAAUGCUUGCCACAGAAAUAAACCUGACAUUCCUCGCUGGAGUGACUUCAAUUUUUUGGUUAUGCUCGGUCGCGGGAGUUUUGGAAAGGUUGUUCUUGCUGAACAAAAACAUAUGGAUGAGCUAUUCGCAGUUAAAAUCCUCAAGAAAGACGUGAUUUUGCAAGAUGACGAUGUGGAGUGUGCAAUGACCGAGCGAAGAGUCCUCGCCUUACCAAACAAACCGCCGUUUCUCGUUCGAUUACAUUCCUGCUUCCAAACCAUGGACCGUUUAUAUCUCGUGAUGGAAUAUGUGAACGGUGGUGAUCUUAUGUACCGAAUUCAGCAGGAGGGACGCUUCAAAGAACCAGUGGCAGUGUUUUACUCCGCUGAAGUUGCCAUUGGUCUGCAAUUCCUCCAUAAACAUGGCAUCGUUUAUCGGGAUUUGAAACUUGAUAACAUACUGUUGGAUGCGGAAGGACACAUCAAAAUAGCGGAUUUUGGUAUGUGUAAAGAAGGUGUAGAAGGUGAAAGAAAAACUCGCACAUUUUGUGGAACACCGGAUUACAUCGCACCAGAGAUAAUAAAGUAUGAGCCAUAUGGCAAAUCCGUUGACUGGUGGUCGUUUGGUGUGCUACUCUAUGAAAUGUUGGCGGGACAACCUCCGUUCGACGGAGAGGACGAAGAGGAGCUUUUCCGAAACAUUACAAGCCGUGACGUCUUCUAUCCGAAAUAUCUGUCCCGUGAAGCGUGUCUGAUUUGUCGAGCUCUACUAACCAGAAAUCCUGAAGAACGUUUGGGUUGUGGACCAUAUGGUGAUCGGGAUAUUCGUGAACACCAGUUUUAUCGGCGUAUCGAUUGGCACAAAUUAGCGUCUCGGCAAGUUCAACCCCCGUUCAAACCGAAAAUUAAAGACAAGCGCGACGUGAGCAACUUUGACAGAGAAUUUACCAAAGAUGCACCAAAAAUGACUCCAACAGAUAAACUGUAUAUAAUGAAUUUGGAUCAGACAGAGUUCGCCGGAUUUUCCUACGUAAAUCCUGAAUAUGUGUUAGAAGUUUGAACCGCACUCAGCAUCAGGAGGGUGAGAGAGAAUGCAUUGGCUCAAACUUGAGCUCCAAAAGAUGUUUUAUUUUUGCCCAUGUUCUCUGGGUUUUAUUCCGCAUCACCAGCAUUUCUCUCCUCAGCAACAACAACAACAACGACAUCAUCAUCAUCCACAAGAACAAUAACAAAGGAAUGCCGGAAAAAGUUAUUCGCGCCACUAUUGAUUUCUUUCUUCUUCCUCCUAAUUUUUUUCUUCUCACGGGAAUUUUAUCUGAAAUGUGAUUCGACUUUAUUUCAACUCAAAUAAAAGGAAAUUCACUAUCAUCCAAUCACCAACCAAGUCACUCCACCACUCAAAUCAGCGAAACCGAUAACCGAAUCAAGUUGUGAAUGUUUUUAUGCUCUCUAUCUGCUGAGUAAGAUUUAAUUACAUAACAAGCACUGGGCUGUCCAGUCCUGUCUGAGUUUACCUGGGUGUUGUACUGUAGUGCUGCUGCUAGCGAGUGGUGUGUAUACCUGAUUAUAUGCUCUUGUUACUAAAAG